AUGUGCGCUAAUGCAAUGUUCAUUCUGACCAACGAAACAAUCUAUCGUGUUACUAUGGAAACAAUCGAUAACACCAAGAAGGCUUUGAAAAAGGUCAUCCGCCAUGGAGCCGGAAUAUUCACCACGGAAAAAAGAACCACCAAACUUCUCGAAUCAUAUGCGCAACACCAGAAAGCCUACGACUCGAUGAUGUUCAAAAUGGAGAUUGCAAUGAUGCCUUCCAGAGCCCUCAAUGUUAUCAACACCUGGCUCGAGGACACACUCGGAGACCAGGAUCCGGCCGCCGUGCUGAUAUGUGAGAAUCAUCUGUACAGUUCACGCAUCGUCGACUGUGGAAUGGACUGCCCCUGCAUGGCGACUUCGGUUUAA